UUGUAGUGGUCGGUGAACGAUCCCCCCGGCAACUGCUGGGGCCCGGCGUCGGGACUGCGAGGAGAGCUGGGAUUGGCCAACUUGCAGGGGCGGGGCGGGCUGGGCCUUAGUCGGGCUUGGCUUCUGGACCGGCGCCUGUCCUGGGCGUCGAUUGGGCCGCCGGAUUGUCAGCGUUACUGGGAGGCGUGGCCGACGCUAAUAAAGUGUGGGACCCGCGCGGCAGCUGCGGUAACUUCCACCGCAGCUAGAGCUCCGGGUGGUCAGGUGGAGGCGGAGCUUGGCGGCUCCGUAGACUUCAGCCGCAGCGUUUCCCGGCCAGGUAUCUGGCCCCAGCCUUAGGAGACAAGACGGAUCCCUCCUCCGGCACAGAAAUGUCUGCUCCAGCUCAGCCACCCGCUGAAGGGGCAGAAGGGACUGCCCCAGGAGGGGGUCCCCCUGGCCCUCCUCCUAAUACGACCAGUAACAGACGACUACAGCAAACCCAGGCACAAGUGGAGGAAGUGGUGGACAUCAUGCGUGUGAACGUGGACAAGGUCCUGAAGAGGGAUGAGAUACUGUCACAGCUGGAUGACCGAGCUGACGCCUUGCAGGUGGGAGCGUCACAAUUUGAGAGCAGUGCUGCCAAGCUAAAGAGGAAGUAUUGGUGGAAAAACUGCAAGAUGAUGAUCAUGCUGGGAGCUAUCUGUGCCAUCAUCGUGGUAGUUAUUGUAAAUUGGCAAAGAUCAAAAUGUUUGAUAACAGACCAAAGUUGGUGUUUGCGUAUGGAAAUGGACACUCUUAAGAAUAGCUCAUGCUCAGUCUUCAUGGAGGGUGAUUUGGACCUCCAUCCUCAGAGAACUGGUUUUUUAUCUCCAUGGCCUUUUCCUCAUGAUAGCAAGAUGGCUGCCAUAGCUCAGGCGUCAUGUUCUCACAAAACAUCCCCCAAACCAGAAAGAAGGGACAAGGAAAGCCAAAACCUUUCUCCUAAUGAUGCUUUUUGUCCUGGGAAGGAAGGCUUCCCUAAACAUUUCAUUGGUCAGAAAUGGAUCUCGUGUCCCUUCUAAACCAAUUUCUGACAAAAGGGAAUGGGUUUACUGGCUCCUGGGAUUGGGGAAAGGGCCUCCCCUCCCAAUACCAUGGAAUCUCUGCCCUAGUACAAAAAUGGGGUUGUGUUCCUAGGAAAGGUACAGAAGUCUGUUGGGGAAGGUGCAGAAGGAAUUCAUCACAGCUGUCAAUGUGAAAUGCUCCAUCUUUUGAAACAAAAAAAAAAUCUUAAUUAUCCUAGGACAGCAUAGCCCCACAUCUCCCACUGCCACUACUCUAUGCCCAGUAAUGUCCAUCUCUCUUAUGGACUGCUGCUGCCUUAGCCUUCUUCCUGGCCUCCCUGCACCUGUGCUGUCAUUGGUUGGACUCAGUGUUGGCUUUGUCCUCCAUGUGGUAUAGGAGUGGCAUUCUCAAAGAUGAAGUAUGGGAAGCUAGCUGGAUUCAGACCUAAUCGUUCCCUUAUCAACUAUUCUUGUAUGUGGUUCUUUCUUUUGAAGACGACAAUGAGUAGGCUGUCCUCAUUGAUUUUCUAUUAGCUUUCGUUCUAGACAGAGCUCUUCUCAAUAUAUAGUGUGCUCUGUCAGUGUGGCUUGGAGCCUGUGUUAACUCAGCACUGGCAGAAUAAGCAUGGGCUAUGUUAUAGGCUGAAUUGUGUCCUCCAAAAUUCAUAUGUGGAGGUCCGACACCCCGGUACCUCAGAACGUGACUGUGUUUGGAGAUAAUCUUUAAAGGGAUAAUUAAAUUAAAGCGCGGUCUUUAGGGUGGGCCCUUACCAAUCUGACUGGUGUCUUUAUAAAAAGAGGAGAUUAGGGGGCCCCUGGGUGGCUCAGUCGGUUGAAUGUCUGACUCUUGGGUUCGGCUCCGGUCAUGAUCUCCUCGGAUGGAGCUCUUCUUCGGGCUCAUGCUCAGCGUGGAGUCUGCUUGUCCCUCUCCCUCUGCUCUCUCUCACUCUCAUUAAAGAAAAAAAGGAUUUUAGGGCACCAACAGGAGGGAAGACCAUGUGAAGACAGAGGGAGAAGACCGCUAUCGGCAAGCCAAGGAGAGAGCCUCAGAAGAAACCAACCCCGCUGACACCUUGGUCUUGGACUUCUAGCCUCCAGAACUGUGAGAAAAUCACUUUCUGUUCUUGAAGCCCUCUAGCCUGCACUGCUGCGUGACGGCAGCCUUAACCAACUGACACAGGCUGCUGCAGUCCUAAACGUGAAUGUGUCACCUAGGGCCUUAGCACCAUUUCUUGAAAAAAGCUUUCCUCCUUUUAUUUCGUUGAAGAAUAUAUAACAUUUGUUUUUUAUCUAAAUACAUUGGAACGAUGAUUAAGGAUUCAGGUGGCCUGGCUCUGGCACACUGCAAGAGCGGGAGGAUUAACUCUAAAGAUAUAGCUGACGGUAACUUCUUUUAAACCACUCUUUUUUUUAGACUAUUAUUACUAUUUUUUUAUUUGAGAGAGAGAGAGAAAACGAACAAGGGAGGGGAGAAGCAGACUCUCUGCUGAGCAGGGCUUCCCCACGCAGGGCUCGAUCCCAGGACCCUGGGAUCACGACCUGUGCUGAAGGCAGACGCUUCACCAACUGACCACCCAGGUGCCCCAUGGCUUAAUUCUUAAGAAAGGAAUUUGGAUCUAAUACUUUCAUGGUCAGCCUUAAAUAACCCAUCUACUCAGUUGGAUCAGACGGCUCCCGCAGCACGUGUUUGUAGCUAUACCAUCUUGAUGAGCCCCAGCGACAGAGUUCUUAACAUCCGAUCCAGACGGUGGCCUUUUAUGGAAGGCGAAGUCCACUGGCAGCGGCUUCCCUCACAAUCCUUCACAUCAGGUUGUCUCUACCAGGCGGUGAGACAGAUAAAUUCUGGGGCCCACACAUUUCCUAAUAAAAGAGCUUGAGAAGAUUUAAAGUUCUAUUGGGGACAAAAUCAUAUAAGACAAAAAGGAAUAAACAAGUAAAAAUCAUGAGUGCCCCUUCUGAGUUGAAGGAGGUCGGCCUGGCUCUCUUCACCAACAGAACGUGAACUUGGGGCUCUCAUAUUUUAUGUCUAAAGUGCGUAUCUUUCCCUUUGACCAGCUGUGUGGAAAGAACACUCUCACCUUGCAUUGUGGCUGGGGGUGUGAGAGUUGGCUCUGACUGAAUGCCUGCGGGAUAUGAAGGAGAUCUGAUUAUUUGAGAAAACCAGCCACCCCCCCCUUUUUUUUUUUUACCUGUUAAGAGAAAUUCUGUAAGGGUGUGUCAUGUGAAGUUUCUACCUGAGAGGCCUCCAGAGCCAGACUGAGUGGGUGCAAACCCAGCUUGCCAUUUGCAGCCGAAUUGGGCAAGUCAUUUACUGUCUCUGUGGCUCAGUUUCCCCAUUUGUUCAAGGAGAAUAGUAAAAGUAUCUAUCUCUGAGACAUGUGGUGAGGCUUGUGUAAGUUAAUAUUAUAAAGCAUUUAGAACACCGCCUGGCACCUUGUCAGCGAUCACGGGCUAAUACUGUUAUCACCCAAGUUACAUACACCAGUCUCUCAUAGAAAACCUUUGUAGGAUUCUAUUUUCGUGUUUUGCCUUUUGCUUUU